AUGUGCGCACUGGAGCGUGGCUCGGCCCGCAUCCUGUUCUUGUUUGGGGCAAAGGCCAUGCCUGCGUCCACAACCCAGACACUGAUGAAACCAGAUGGCUCCCUGAGCGCCUGGUCAAGCCGUUCAUCCCACCCAGGGACCCGGCCCCUGAGGUUCUCUCCUCUGCUUCUCUUUCAGGUGAUCCAAGCUCUCUUCACCAUAAUGGCCCGGGCCCAGCAUCUACUGCUCCUGCAUCUUCUCACCUGGACCCCACUGCUCCUGCUUUCAUUCCUUCCACUGACGCUCUGCGCCCGCAGCCCCCGUAGAGCCUCACCCUAUGUCCUCUACAACUACACCUGGCUUGUCAUCAUCGAGGCGGGUGAUGUUGCCAAUGCCACCAGCUCCAUAUCAACCGAACCCCCCUGGUCACCGCUCCAGUCACCUUCGGGUGCGGGAACCCCUUGGCCCGCACUAACCUCCGUUUCGAAACUCUUUAUGUCUGCCCUGGCGGUCACCGCGACCGUUCUCUUGCCUCCAAAUGCGGUGAUGCCUCCCACUAUUUUUGCAAAUCCUGGGGCUGCGAAACCUCCGGAGACGGCUCUUGGCACCCCUUCCUCCUCCUGGGAUUUCAUCUCUGUCCGCAAGGCGGCCACCACUUCUUCUUGUCACUCUCAAACCUGGUGUGAUCCCCUCACCAUCUCCUUCACCGCUGCUAGCCGCGACAAAUCUAAAUGGACACACCCAAACCGCUGGGGCCUCCGCCUGUACACCACCGGAGCUGAUCCUGGCCUACUGUUCACCAUCCAACUCCUUAUCUCCUUGCCUCGCCCCCGCCAACCCUUCUCCUUAGGCCCCAAUGUCCUACAAGCACCCCGCCCCUACGUCACCCCGCCUCACCCCCCAACCCCCUGGCCAUCCCUUUCCCAUAUCCCUUCACGCGCCCCCGCCCUUUUUCUCACCCCCACUGGUUACCCCUCGCUGCAACUCACUGUUCCCCCCAGUGCCCCCUCUGAUGCAUCGCGCCUCCUGGACCUUAUGAAUGCCUCUGCCAUGGCCAUCACCGUUCCUGCUUAUAAAGCGUGCUGGAUCUGCUUUUCUCCUGCCCCUCCGUUUUAUGAAGGAGUCGCAGUCCUGGACACCCCCCUACCCACUUCUGACCCCAACUCCCUCCCCUGGGGCAUAGACAACGACCACGCCAUCACGGUCAGUCAAGUUGUGGGCUUUGGCCUCUGCCUCCGCCCCAAUCAUACUCGUUUGCCCCCGCAACUUGACUCCACUUGCAACUCCACACUGGUUCUUCCGGGACGAUUCCGUGACCCAUUCCUCCUUGCCCCCAACGGCACUUAUUUCGCCUGUGUCUCAGGUCUCUCUCCUCAUAUUAUUAUUGAUGCCUUUGUCGCCACUCAUGAUUAUUGUGUUCUUAUCCUCCUUCUUCCCCGCCUCUCCGUCCACCACACCGAGGACCUGUUAAUGUCUCGCCUGUCCGGCCCUGGCUACCGCCGCUCUAAACGCGAGCCCAUCACUACCAUCACUGUAGGUGUCCUCCUGGCCCAGGGCGCCUCGGGCGCCGGCACGGGCAUCGCUUCCCUCGUUGAAACCCACGACCAAUACCGCCACCUAGCGGUUCUUCAACGCAAGGUCGACUCUGAUAUUGCUGAACUCAAACAAGGACUUAAACACCUUACUAAUACCAUUUCUCUUGCAGAAAUGGUCCUCCAAAACCGCCGCGGCCUUAAUCUUGCCUUUUUAAAGGAGGGGGGUCUUUGCACCGCUUUAAAAGAAGAAUGCUGUGUAUUUAAGGACGAAACAGGACUUAUUAGGGACAGCAUCAAACGCGUUGAGAAUAGUCUAGAGGAAAGACGUAGAGAAAUUGAUCAGAGCGAGAGCUGGUAUGGGAAUUGGUUCUCGACAACACCAUGGUUGUCUACACUACUCCCAGCUUUUCUGGGACCCUUUAUUGGCUUUCUCUUGCUGAUCUCCUUUGGCCCUUGGGCAUUCAGAAGACUUACAUCCUUCGUCAAAAGCCAAAUCGACGACGCCACCAAAAAUAAUCCUCACAUUCUCUACCAAAGACUCAGCACCUCUGAAGACACCCCCGCACCAAAGGCACCAACUACGGCAGCCAAACCUCCACUGCAGUUCGAAAUCCUCGAGCAGCUGGCAAACAGACCUCCAUGUGUUUGUUCGUGGCUCACAAGACUAUGGAGGCGCUGCAAACCUUGCUAA